AUGUCAAAGAACGGAACUCCAUUUAUUUUAGAUGAACGUGCUAAAGCAUUAGCCAAUUACCCACAUAUGAGAAAGGUUGGUGAUUUCUUUUUUGUAUCAGGUAUUUCAUCACGUAGACCAGAUAACACUUAUGAAGGUGUACAUGUUGAUCCAGAAACCGGUAAAGUAACUCUUGAUAUUGGCGAACAAACCAAAGCUGUUAUUGAAAACAUUAGAACCAUUUUACAAGCAGGUGGUGCUGAUCUUGAAAAUAUUAUUGAUCUCACUGUUUUCCUUGUUGAUAUGAAAGAUUAUAAAGGCUUCAAUUAUAUGUAUAAUAAGUAUUUUAAUAUCGAAACUGGUCCAACUAGAACCACCGUUGCUGUACACCAAUUACCAAAUCCAAAUCUUUUAAUUGAAAUUAAAGCAACUGCAUUAUGUAACAAAUAA